AUGCCAAUCGACAGCAAAAUUGGGUUUGCUUUCAGCUUCAAGACAUCGCACAUUCGCAGAGACCUCAAACGUAGCACCAGUGCGACCACCGUCGAGACUGAAUUAUCCUUUGAAAGCUCGGAUACACCGGAAGUAAAGCCAAGGAGCAUCCUCAAGAAUACGAGCUAUAUCACAUCAAACGUUGAUGACUCCGUCGAGACACACUUCCAGGCUUGGAUGAAUCCACCAAUUUCAGACUCUCUACAAUCCAGAACUCCUUCGAGAAGGUGCCGAAGGAGAAGAGAUCCCACGGGUGCAACUCCCAACAAGUAUGAUCGAGUCAAGACUCGUUUUCCCGGCAGAGAAGACCGCAAACAAAGAAGACCCAAAAUGACACGAAGACGAAAACAGCAACCAGAAAAGACUGUCGAAGAGCAGUGGGUGAAGACUUCCAGGUUUUUGCUGUGA